AUAUCACACGUCACGCUGUCUUGUAACGGGCAUAAAAUGUUUGCAAGAUGUAUACCGAGGCAAGCAGCCCGUAGGGCAGUCAGGUCCAUCAGGGCCACUCAUCAAAUGCCCAUGAAAAGACGCUACUCCAACUCAAGCGUUGCUCCUCCUGCCAUUGCACCUUCUCCUGCUGCUGCUUUGGGAGGUCUGAACACCGAGCUAGACAAACUGUCUCCUCGGUUUGAUAUUUCUUCUUCUCAGAUAGAGAUUCUGAGGUCUCCUUCUGAUUUCUAUGAGACCUUGAAGGCCAAGAUCAGAACAGCUGAGAGGAGAAUAUUUCUCUCCACUCUCUAUAUUGGCAAGUCCGAACAUGAACUGAUCCAAACGAUCCAAGAAUCUCUCAAGCGUAACCCUAGCCUCAAGGUUUCCUUCCUUACAGAUUCCCUCCGAGGCACUAGGGAGACACCAAAGGCGUCUUGCGCGACAUUGUUGGCCGCUCUGAUCGAUGAGUUUGGUCCAGAUCGUGUCGAAGUGUGCAUGUACCACACACCUAAUCUUACAGGUAUUCGCAAGUCUAUCAUACCCAAGCGCAUCAACGAAGGCUGGGGACUUCAACAUAUGAAGCUUUAUGGCAUCGACGACGAGAUCAUCAUGUCAGGUGCCAAUCUCUCAUCCGACUACUUCACAAAUCGUCAAGAUCGUUAUCAUUUGAUCUCUAGCAAGCGUAUCACCGACUACUUUUCCAAAGUGCACGAAACGGUGUGUAGCAUCAGCUACCGCGUGGUCCCUAACGCCUCUGCACCCGGUGGGUUCAACCUUGACUGGCCAACGACAAACGCACACCCAGCUCCUUUGAACGACCCCAAAGAGUUUAUCACUCAAGCCACAAAGUUGCUCGCUCCUUUACUGAAGCCCGCCGCUACCACCUCGCUUCAGACGUCACAAACGGAUACCCAGAUAUAUCCGUUGCUCCAACUGACACCUCUACUCAAGCCCGAUACAUCAACGGAACUGCCUGCGCUCACCACAAUUCUGAAAGCUCUUGCUACUCCAGCCUUUGCGGGAAGCAAAUGGACAUUUACGGCUGGUUACUUCAAUAUGACACCCUGGCUUCGCGAUCUGCUUCUGGCCUCUAACCCGUCAUCCGCCAAUGUCAUCGCAGCAUCGCCAUGGGCAAAUGGUUUCUACGGCUCUCCAGGUGUUUCAGGCAUGCUUCCUGCUGCGUACACUCUUCUUGGCCGUCGCUUCCUUUCCUCGGUUCAAAAAGCCGGACUGGAGAACCAAAUCACGCUCAAGGAAUGGAGAAAGGGCACAGUCAACACACCGGAUGGCUGGACGUAUCAUGCAAAAAGCAUCUGGCUUACCCUCAAGGACCAGCCAGGUCCGAGUGUCAGUCUGAUUGGCAGCAGCAAUUACACGAAAAGAAGUUACAGUCUGGACUUGGAGGCUAAUGCAAUGAUCGUUACGAGGGAUGUCGGUCUAAUGAAGAGGUUGAGGGAAGAAGAAGAGUGGUUGCAAGAGUAUGCGACCAAGGUUGACCAGGGCACCUUUGAGAAGACGGAAAGAAGAGUCGGAUUGCAUGUUAGAAUUGCCAUGUGGAUCGUUACUCUGGUCGGCGGUGCGUUGUAGAUGAUGGCUAGUUUGAGUUGUCGGAGGCUUUUGUACGAUAUUCGAGAUCUGUUGAUUAGAUGUACACAAAUAUCAGUACAAGAUCUGGGAAUCGACCCGAUUGUCGCAUCCAUGGUGUUGUCGCAACAACGUUCCGUUCCAAGUUCCGGUCAGUCA